AUGCCUCCUGGGUUUGGGAGAAAGCUGGCUCUCCGGUGGAGUUUCCUCCAGCUCGCUGCUUCUGGGACCUGUGCGGCCUUUGCUCCCAACUUCCUCAUUUACUGCUCCCUGAGAUUCCUGUCGGGUUGUUCUUCUGUGUCCAUCAUGACAAAUGGCAGUUUGCUCAUUGUGGAGUGGGCCAGGUCCCGGUCUAAAGCGUUGGUGUUAACCCUGAUAUUCUGUGCCAUUAGUUUUGGGCAGAUGGUCCUGGGAGGGCUGGCUUCUGUGUUCCGGGAGUGGCGCACCCUGCAGCUGCUGCUGUCUGUGUCCUUCUUUGUCUUCUUUCUCCUCUCAAGGUGGCUGGUGGAGUCUGCACGGUGGCUCAUCAUCACCAACAAACCUGCCGAGGGCUUGGAGACACUCAGACGAGUGGCACACACCAACGGCAUGAAGAGCGCGGGAGAAGCACUGACCCUGGAGGUUUUGAGAUCCACCAUGCUGGAGGAGCUGAAGGCAGCAGAGAAACCAUCUUCUGUGUUUGACUUGUUCCGGACACCCAACCUGCGUCAAAGGACCCUUAUCCUAUUCUUAGAGAGAUUUGCAAUCACAAUACCCUUUUAUGGCAUCAUGGUCAAUCUGCAGCACUUCGGGAGCAAUAUUUUCCUGUUACAGGUCAUCUUUGGAGCUCUAAUGGUCCUGGCCCGCUGUCUUACACUCUGGGCACUGAGUCAGAUAGGCCGUCGAUUAACCCAGACGUUUACUACAUUACUGCUGGGACUUUCCAUCUUGGCCAACACUUUCGUGCCUCCAGAAAUGCAGACCCUGCGGGUGACUCUGGCUUGUGUGGGAACAAGUUUAAGUUCUGCUGCUUCUUCCAGCUUUUCCAUUCACUUGGUUGAACUCAUCCCCACCAUCCUCAGGGCAAGAUAUUCAGCGAUAGACACCUUGGCUACAAGGUGUGGGGCGACCCUGGCGCCCCUGCUCAUGCUGCUGGUUGUGUUUCACCCCACUCUGCCCUGGAUCAUCUAUGGCGUCUUCCCCAUCCCAGCCGGUCUCCUUGUCCUCCUCCUGCCUGAAACCAAGAACCAGCCUUUGCCUGACACCAUCCAGGACGUGGAAAAUCACCAAAAAUUCUCAAGAAGAAGAAAUGAAAAAGAUUUAUAUAUGAAAGUGACAAAAUUUUAA